UUCUAGCUCAAGAGCAUGGAACUUAGUACAGAGCAAAAAGCAGGCAGAGAGGAGGAAGAGAGCCAAAGAGGAGCAAGUGGUCGCUGGGGAGGGGAAGAGGUUAGGGCCUUGCUUGUGGUGUGGAGGGAGAGGGAGGCCUGGGACGAAACUGAGAGCAAGGCCAAGUAUGAGGCCAUCUCGAGCCGCCUAAGCGAGUUGGGCGUGCGCAGGGACUGGCUGAGCUGCCAGGCACAAAGCAGAGCAAUGGCACUACCCGACUGGAGACCUCCAGCCAUCCGGACAUCAAUGGAUAGUACCACGAUAACCCAAAGGUCUUACGAGAUGGAUGAACAACAGAUAAGUCCUGCCAUCAGAAGACAGGGCAAUGCUUCUCUGAGCAACUUUCAGGAGGGGACUGGAGAUCAACAUUUUGUUCCUCUCUCAGGCAUGGAGGGAGGGAGACACUGGUCUGAUAAAGAGGUUUGGGCUCUCCUCAACAUCUGGGCUGACCGGGAAAUGCAAGUGCGGCUGCAGAGCACCCAUAGAAACAAGGCAAUCUUCCAGGAAAUGGCCCGCCGUCUGGAACUCCAGCAUGGAGUCGUGCGAGACUGGAGACAGUGUCGCACCAAAUACAAGAACCUCAAAUAUGACUACAAGGUCAGCAAGAGCCAAGGUCGACCUAUGCGCUUCUUUGCAGAGGUGGAUGCAAUCCUGCAGGGCAAGGAUAUAGAGGAUUUCCAAGAUGAGGAGGAUUCUCCCAGGAAAGGAACAGAGGGAGACCAGAUAGCUGUUAGAAGAGAACCAGGAGAAGCUCACUACAUUAAGAUUGAUGAUGAUGAGAGUCUGGCAGAUAUGCAAACAAUUAUAAAUACCGGUUCUCAUCACCUCAUCACAAAAGAUACAGGUUCAACCAUAUCACCAGGGGCUAGAAGGACAUCAGAUGAGGAGAAUGUGAUCACGGUCCAUGACUCAGGCCGAAAUUGGUCUGAGGAGGAAGUGGCAGCGCUGCUUAAUAUCUGGUCUGAGGAAGGAAUUCAACAGCAGUUGCAAGGCUCGACCCGAAACAAGGACGUGUUUGUGCAAAUAUCACGCCGGCUCCUUCAGCAGGGUGUAGAGAGGGACUGGAAGCAGUGUCGUACCAAAUACAAGAACCUGAAAUACCUGUACCGAUCCUUGCAGAGAGGCAAGGCUGAUAUUGGAGACACUCGGCGCAUUAUGAAGUUCUACGAACAGCUCGAUAGUAUUCUGUCCCAGCCAGUCAGAGGCCUAUACAGAAGCUCUGGGAUGUUCAGUCCUCCCACAUUAGAGGAGCAUUCCAUCUGUGAAAUGCCUGCGAAUGAGGACAGUGACAUCAUUGCUGUUGGAUAUGAUCAGCAGACCAUGGAUGAUGCCAUUUUAAGGAGGUCUCCAGGCAUCACCACAAGAGCUUUCCAAAAUGAGGCUAGAACAGACGCCAUUUUGAGGCCAGAGGAGCUCAGUGGGGUGGAAUAUGAAACAGAGGAUCAGUCAAAUAGCAUGCGGGUGAGGUCAAAAAAUGGCGUUCAGACAAGAUACAAGGAACAACCUUUGUCCAGUCAUUCUGAUACAGCAGGUGACACAGAGACGACAUUCAGAGAGACAGAGCCUGCUGGAUCAAGACGAGGAAAAAAGCGGAAGGCCACAGAUGAAGAUCACAGUGUUUUCAGCAAACGGUUUCAGGAGUGUGUUGAUGACGGAGACAGCAGCACAGACUGGUCCGAGCACAUUGACUAUCAGUGCAAAGAGGAGCAGGAUCAAUACAUUCCGGUUAUGGAGAUCAGCUCUGUGCGCUCUAUGGCCGACACUAAUGAUAACCUGGAUAACGGAGUUGUAACCGAAAUGGCGUCGACAGCAGAACUGAAGCUCGGCAAAAAGCUCAGUGAGGGCAAGACCAAGCAGAUCUUUGAGCUUGUGGACAUGCCAGGUCAGGUUCUGGUCCAGUCGAAAGACCAGAUCACAGCAGGCAAUGCAGUGAGGAAAGACCAGAUGGAGGGCAAGGCAGCAAUCUCCAACAAGACCACCAGCUGCAUCUUCAAGCUACUGCAAGAGGCUGGAAUUAAGACUGCAUUUGUAAAGCAGCAUUCGGAGACGGCAUUCAUAGCCAGCCACUGUGAGAUGAUCCCCAUCGAGUGGGUGUGUAGACGCAUCGCCACAGGCUCCUUCCUUAAAAGGAAUCCAGGUGUCAAAGAAGGCUAUCGCUUCUCACCGCUGAAGAUGGAGAUGUUUUUCAAGGAUGAUGCCAAUAAUGACCCGCAGUGGUCUGAGGAGCAGCUAUUAACAGCUGGCUUUGAGUUGGCAGGUGUGACAAUUGGCCGCUGUGAGGUGGACAUUAUGAGUAAGAGCACAGUGGCCAUCUUUGAGGUCCUGGAGAAGGCCUGGGCCACCCAGAAUUGCACUCUGGUGGAUAUGAAGAUCGAGUUUGGUGUGAAUGUAACAACCAAGGAAGUUGUGCUGGCUGAUGUGAUCGACAAUGACUCGUGGAGACUGUGGCCGGCUGGAGAUCGAAGCCAACAGAAAGACAAACAGGUAUAUCGUGACUUGAAAGAGGUCACACCUGAGGCCAUGCAGAUGGUCAAGAGGAACUUUGAAUGGGUGGCUGAAAGAGUACAGCUGCUCCUGGAGCCACAGGCAAGUGGAAGAGUUGUUGUACUGAUGGGCUCCACAUCUGACAUGGCUCACUGUGAAAGGAUUCGUAAAGCUUGCGACUCCUACAGGAUCCCCUGCUAUCUCAGAGUCACCUCUGCACAUAAAGGCCCUGACGAGACGCUCCGCAUCAAAUCUGAAUAUGAGGGUGAUGGUGUCCCUACCAUUUUUGUAGCUGUUGCAGGGAGGAGUAAUGGUUUGGGUCCAGUGAUGUCAGGAAAUACGGUUUACCCUGUCAUCAACUGUCCUCCUGUUACAUCUGACUGGGGUGCUCAGGACAUCUGGUCAUCUUUACGCAUGCCCAGUGGUUUAGGCUGUUCGACAGUUCUGUCUCCAGACUCUGCUGCCCAGCAUGCGGCUCAGAUCCUGGGCCUGACUGAUCACCUGGUGUGGGCCAAACUGCGUGCCUCCAUGCUCAACACCUGGAUCUCCCUGAAACAGGCUGACAAGAAGCUUCAGCAAUGUAGCAUCUGAACACGCAGCACUUCUGAGCCAUUCCCCCCGAUUAACCAUCAUAACACGCACUACUGUAUACAACAUUUUAGUUUCAGAUGGGUUAUGAUCUAGUGUAGAAUCUGAAUAUCACUUGUAGAUGAAACUAAUAAAUAUAGAUUUACAGAAAA